AUGAAAUUCAUACAGAGGGAGCCCCCCUAUAAAGCAACAGUUUUAUCCCACGUCCAAGAUUUCUCAGGUAUAGCCACGCCUCUUUACAAGCUAUUGAAAUUAGGAGAAAAUUUUACCUGGAAGAAGGAGCAACAAGAAGCAUUUGACGAAUUAAAGAACACAUCACACCUUGCUCUUGGUGCUGUUCUAUCUCAGCCUGACGAUAACAGGCUAGAAGGUGUUGUGGAGUAUGCCAGUUGA